UGGCGAUGAAAGUCUCACUCACUGUUUUUUUCUUUUGCCUUUAAACUUAUUCUUCUCUCAUUUGUCCAAAUUCAGAAGCUCCAAAAACUCGUCCGUUUUCAGUUUUUCUUAAUCUUUUUUCCUCCUCCUAGCAAUUCUCUCUCUCUUUUUUAUAUUUCUCAAGGUCCAAUGAGGUCGAGCAGUCGGUCACAGAGGACUCACUGCCUCCUCCUGCCAAAGCCCUGCUCAAUCUCAACACCUCCAUGAACGACCUCCAAGCUCGAACCUUCAGAGACCUGCAACUCGCGUGGUAUCUACCUUCUUCCUCCUGAUCUCUUCAACACUGAUGCAUGUGAAGAAGAAGAAAAAGAAGACGAAGAAGGAUGGCAAAUAAUCAAAAUCACAGAGCCACCGCAACUGCUCAUCUUGCUGCCCCUGGACCUUCAUCUCAAGCUAUAGCCAGAUUCUUUGAUGAUGAAGGGGGAGGAGGUUCAUACUUUGGGGAGCUGGAGGAGGCCCUCGUGCAGCUAAGGGAGAGCAGCAGCGCCGGAGACAGAAACUGCGCAGCCACGCUCGAGAUCUUCCCUUCCUGGCCAACCAGAGUAAGACCCUUUGUUGGGUUUGAGAAGAAGGUAGAGACUUGCAGGAGCAGUUCCGACUCCGCCGCCGCCGGCUGCGGCGGCGCCGCCUUCAUGGCUGCAGCGACAGCAGCAGCAUCAGCAGGAACAACGACAAGUGAAAGCUCUCGGCCUUCACCUCUAGACAAGAAAAAUAAUAUGACCGGUUCAAUGACAGGGAAAGGUGGAAAGAAACUCGAUGCCAAGACUCUGAGGCGUUUGGCUCAAAAUAGAGAGGCAGCGAAGAAGAGCAGACUGAGAAAAAAGGCUUAUGUGCAACAAUUGGAGUCGAGUAGGAUAAGGCUUCAGCAGCUUGAGCAAGAACUCCAAAGAGCUAAAUCACAGGGGCUCAUGGUGGGGGUAGGAGGGAGUGCAAAUGGAGCUGUUAGUUCAGGAGCUGCCAUGUUCGACGUGGAAUACGCCCGGUGGCUGGACGACAACUGCAAGCACAUCGCCGGCCUCCGCGCCGCCCUCCAUUCUCGCCUCCCCGACGGAAACCUCAGCACCAUCCUCGACGACUGCAUCGCCAACUACGACCACCUCUUCCGCCUCAAAGCCAUCACCGUCAACUCCGACGUCUUCCACCUUCUCAACGGCGCCUGGAUGACUCCGGCCGAGCGCUGCUUCCUCUGGAUCGGCGGAUUCCGGCCCUCCGACCUCCUCAAGGUCCUCAUCCCUCAGCUGGACCCAUUGACGGAGCAGCAACUGGUGGGGAUGUGCAAUCUCAAGCAGUCGUCGCACCAGGCGGAGGAGGCGCUGUCGCAGGGCCUCCUCCAGCUCCAUUGCUCCCUCAUCGACACCGUCGCCGGCGGCGCCGCCUCUCUCAGCACGGACACCUCCACCGUUGACGUCGGAAACUACAUGAACCAGAUGGUCGUUGCGCUCGACAAGCUCGCUAAUCUCGAAGGAUUCGUCCGCCAAGCCGACAACUUGAGACAGCAGAUGAUCCACCAGUUGCGCCGGACUCUGACCGUCCGGCAAGCGGCGAGAUGCUUCCUGGCGAUCGGAGAAUACUACACCCGCCUUCGCGCCCUGAGCUCGCUCUGGGCUUCUCGGCCGCCUCAGCAGUAAGUUGAAGGGACUCGGUGAUCGGAGCCUCUACGCCGCCCCUGCAGACUCUUCAUCAACCGGAGCGGCCGGUUCAUUUUUCACCCUACUGAGAAAUUAAAAUCGAAAUGUUAUUUAUGUGAUCGAAAGUAUAAUUAUGUAUUAUCGUGCUUGACCAUGAGCAACAGUUUGCAAAAACAUUUUUAUA